GUUCUCAAGUGGCAUCCCGUGUUUGCAUCGGGUGUGCCAGGCGGGAGUCUAAGUUUUCUGGGGUUCAGCUUCUCAUUUCCCUCCCUGGCAGCUUCGGGCACCAGAGAAUUUCUUGCUUCACGAGAGCAAACCAUGCUCCAAGGCGGGCAGUGACCGCCCCCCACGUGGGGCCUGCCCUGGAAAAGUUCCAAAUGGGGGAAGAGGGGACCCCGGGCAUCACACAUCUGCUGUGCCUCGCGGCUUCCAGCGGGGUCCCCCUGUUCUGCAGGAGCAGCCGUGGCGGCGCCCCAGCUCGCCAGCAGCUCCCGUUCUCUGUCAUCGGCUCCCUCAAUGGGGUGCAUAUGUUUGGGCAGAACCUCGAGGUGCAGCUGACCUCCGCCAGGACCGAAGACACGACCGUGGUGUGGAAAAGUUUCCAUGACAGUGUCACCCUCAUUGUUCUGUCGUCAGAGGAGGGGACCUCAGAGCUGAAGCUGGAGAGACUCCUCCAGAUGGUGUUCGGAGCCAUGGUCCUUCUGGUGGGCCUGGAAGAGCUGACCAAUAUCAGCAACGUAGAGAGGCUGAAGAAGGAGUUGCGGGCCUGUUACCGCCUCAUCGACAGUUUUCUGGGGGAUUCAGAGCUCAUCGGGAACCUGACUCAGUGCGUGGACUGUGUGGUUCCCCCUGAGGGGUCCCUCCUGCAGGAAACCCUCUGUGGCUUCGCCGAGGCCUCGGGCACAGCCUUCGUGAGCCUGAUGGCGUCGGGCCGGGUGGUGGCGGCCACAGAGAGCUGGUGGCGACUGGGGACCCCCGAGGCCGUGCUGCUGCCCUGGAUGGUGGCUUCCCUGCCGCCGCAGGCCGCUCGCGACUACCCGGUGUACCUGCCACACGGGAGCCCUACGGUCCCGCACCGGCUUCUGACCCUGACGCUGCUGCCGGGCUUGGAGCUGUGUCUGCUGUGCGGGCCGCGGCCUCCCCUCAGCCAGCUGGACCCGCAGCUCCUGGACCGCUGGUGGCAGCCGCUCCUGGACACGCUGCGGGCCUGCCAGGAGCUGGGACCCCGCGCCCUGCCCGUUGGCGUCUCGGUGCACGCGGACGUCCUCGGCCUACUGCUGCUUCACCUGGAGCUGAAACGCAGCCUGUUCACGGUGGACCUCUCGGCCGAUAAAGAACCUUCUGCCGGGCAGCGCCGGAGCCUGCUUCGUUCCUUCUACAGCCUGGUCACAGCCACGCACUUCCCACCCGAGCCGGGGCUGUCAGAGGACAAGGCAGAGGACACAGCACCCCCGACCCACCUGCCUCGAGCCUGCUACCUGGUGUUGGGGACUGAGGAGCCGGGCUCGGGGUGCCGGCUGGUGGCCCUGCAGCAGUGGCCCCGGCGGCUGCUGCUGCUCGUGUGCCCCCAGAGCCCCACCCAUGGGCUGCGGGACCUGGUCACCCGCACGCUCCAGGCACUGACGCCCCUGCUCUGACCACGGGGCUGGUAGCGUCUCUCUGUUUAUUCGCUCACAAUAAUACACGACCCCUGGACGGGGGGAGG